GCAAGUCUGCAAACGAGCGUUUUAAGCGCCACAACAUACCUACCAAGUGUACGAAGCAACACCCAGAAUAUCAAUUGACAAUUCCCUUCUAAUAAAUCCUCAGCAUUCUUCGUUCUUCCGCCGCCCGCCAAACCAACCAACACAAACCCUCACACACGAAACCUCACCACCAACCAUCUUAAACGCGCUGAAACCACACAACAACAAACCACAAAACAAUGUCAUACUUCCGCAUAACCCUCAUGCGCUCCGGCAUCGGCAUGCCCGCCAAAACCCAAGGCGUGCUCAAAGCCCUCGGGCUCCGCAAGCGCAUGACAACCGUCUACCACCCGGUCUCGCAAUCCGUCGCGGGCCAGAUCAUGCGCAUAAAAGAGUUGGUGGAUGUGAAGGAGGUGGCAGCGCCUAUGAGUAAGGAGCAGAUGCGACAGGCGAGGAGGCCGGAUCCGGGGUAUUAUGUUGAGAAGCGGACGGGGGAGGCGAUGGGGGCUUAUGAAUAGUUUUGGGUUGGGGAGGGGACGUGGGAGGGUGUAAAGGAAAUGUGCAUAUAUGGGCGUUUUAUUGGACCAGACUCAAUACAAUCUGGUAUGUAUCAUGACAGGGUUUUUUUUUCUUCUAUCUUCAAGCUUCCGCUUUUCGUGGUUUUUAUACCCUCCUCUCUUAGACUGGAAUGUCGAUUGCAAGAGUUGCAGAUGUAGAUAUGGAUUUCAAAUAGGACGAUGAUCUAAAGUAAGCAUUUAUAUUCACGUUGCUUCAAAUCUACUUAAGUUGCUGGUAUAUGGGUUUGUGUCUAAUUGUAGCCUUGAUAU